AUGCAUUCUCCAAUAUGCCAUCUGCCCAACGGCAACACUUUCUCGGUGACGCCAGUCUUCGGCGGAUUCACUUUUAAGGAGACAGAUUCUGGCGUCCACAACACCACGUUCCCACCAGGCUGGACCGUAGUCAUUCACACAGAGAAGCCUGUUGAAGACGGCCAGGUAGACGGUGAACACUCACAUGACAAUGAAGGCGAAACCACCACGGCGACGACAGACACGAAUGCGUCGGAGCGCAAAGUUCGCAUUUCCAGUUUCAAAAAACCAACGCUGCAGAACGACUGCAUAUUUAUUUCCUCCAUAAACAGUCCCUCCAGUAGCGACUACAAAACCCCAAUCUCGCCCUCCCGCCAAAUUGCCAUGAUGCUUUGGGCUACCCUGUUGUGGUACUUCCACGAGCCUCAGCCAGACCCUCGAAUCAUGACCGAGGCUUCGGCGCUGACGUCAGAGCUAGGAAGACCCAAGGGCGAAUGGCGGGUAAAUAUCAAGAGAGAGGGUAUUUUCAAGGGCAGAAACUUGCUACAGAAACUAGAGCGUAUGGGCCUGAUUUCAAACGAGGACUCAUCAGUGGGAACAGAGUCGAUCGAAUCUCGCAACCCGGCCAACUGGGCGCGCAUGUUUACGAGUCGUCGAAGCUUCUGGCAGUUGGAUCCGCGCAUGUUUAUAUUCACAUUGACACCGACGAAUGCCGCCUCUUUCUCUCCUAUAAACUCGCCGUACAACUCGCGGCCUGCCUCGCCGAGCGUCGAAAGCCUCCGUCUGGCUGACGGCAAUUCGAUGUCGCCCACUGAGUCUUCUACUCCUGGCCAUGUAUUUAGUUCUAUUGGUGGUCCUUUCUAUUCGGGCAGUCAUCUUCCAACCUUUUAUCCCCCGGCGCCAACGCAAUAUGUUUUCACAAAUGGUAUCCGUCACCCCCUCCGACAACGACCUCCUCACCAGGGAGAAACGUUUUAUACGCGCUACAUCCCAAGUGUAGGGCAAUACCUUUCGUUUCGCGUGCCGGUACUUAGUACAGGCAAAACAGGCGGCGCACAACACAGUCAUACUGCAUCAUCUACUAACACUCCCUCGUCACUAACCGUGCCACCCGCACGUACUAGUACUCCACCAGGAGUAUCCGAUGUGGAGUUGCUGAACAAGUGGAUGAACAACCCGCGAGUCAAUGCAGCUUGGGGGGAAGCAGGGCCUCGUUCAAGCACAGAAGAGUUCCUGAAACGCGGUCUCAACGAUCGACACAGCUUCCCCGUGUUUGGGUGUUGGGGCGGCAAGCCAUUUGGGUAUUUCGAGAUUUAUUGGGUCAAGGAAGAUCCCCUGGGCAGGCUCCUCAACAACGUUGGCAAUUACGACCGAGGGCUGCAUGUCUUGGUAGGUGAGGAAGAGUUUCGUGGCUCUCAUCGCUUGCACGUCUGGCUCAGCUCGCUGGUGCAUUAUUGUUGGCUGGCUGAUCCUCGCACAGAGACGGUGUUGCUGGAGCCCCGAGUAGAUAACAAAAAAUUGAUAAGCUAUCUCACUGAGUUUGGCUUCUUCAAGGAAGGCGAGAGAAUGCCACUUACAGUACUCACCGCCGCGCAAGUCCGCGCGUUGCUCCUCUCCCUCUCUCGCGACGACAUUAUCACCCUGCAGCGCAACCUCGCCGAGGCCCUGCGCGAAUACUCGACUGGAACCCACGAACAGGGAUGUUCUGCGUCGUACCAACCGCAUCGCACGGCCAUCACGGGCAAGGAUGGCAACACGACCGUGUUCAUGCCCGCGAGCACCGGCAAGACAACAGGCGUAAAGAUCCUUUCUUCCCCCAUGGCUCCUGGCGGUCUUGAUCCCGUCAAGCCUGGUUGCAGUACCAUCGGCCAAGAGCUGCUGGGUGGUAGACAGUCGGCCAAGGUAUCGUUUGCGCUGGACGAAUCCUCGUCGCGACGGUCUAGUAGUUCCCUGUCGACCGAUCUGAGCUCCAUGUCGCUGAGCACGUCGCACGAAGGAAAUGACGGCGAUGACGAUAGCGAGAACGAGACAUCAUCCUUCUCAUCAUCUACCGGCGCUACGCCUAGCAUAAACCAGCAGUCUCUAACAGCACAACCGAGCAACGUUCCAUCAUCAAAGUCACUCAGGGGAGUGACGCAAGUCACAGGCAAAGCCUGGCCGCCGACAGGAGCACGCGAUUCCUCCCCUCGAGGCACAUUGACCCUUGUCGGCCAAGACGGUCUUCCAAUCGGGCUAAUCAGCGCGCAAGAUCUGACAGCAUUCCGCACCGCACUUACCUCGCUAUGCGUAUUCAACAAGCGCAAGCACGUCAAGACCAUCACCGUUUUCGGAGCUGGGCGACAAGCCUACUGGCACAUCCGGCUCGCUCUGCUUCUCCGCGGACCCGAAGUCAAACGCGUCUACAUCGUCAACCGCUCCUUUGACCGCGCGGCCAAUCUCCUCAAGGACAUCUACUCAGCCGGCAACGCUUCGUGGCGCUCCGACGUGAAAUUCCACGCCUUCAGCAGCGACUUUGUCGAAUACAACCGUCUGCUACGCGAGGCGGUGCGGAAAGCAGAUGCGAUUUUCUGCUGCACGCCUUCGCUCGAACCGCUCUUCCCCGCGGAGUUUCUCACUUCGACCGAAGGCCGGCGCAAGGGACGUCUCAUCAGCGCUAUCGGGUCGUACAAGUCGCACAUGACGGAACUGCACCCGGACAUUCUGCGGUACGAGGUUAAGCCUGCUUCUCAGCACUCGCAUCACUACCACAAACAUGCGCAACGCGGCGGGGUCGUGUUGGUCGAUAGUCUGGAGAUGUGUCUACAGGAAGCUGGCGAGAUCGUGCAGGCGGAACUAGGCCCGCAUCAGUUGGUUGAGAUUGGGGAGUUGAUGAUUAUGAAACAUGCGGCGCGGCUGUCGCCUGUGGUAGAGCAGAAAGGGGCCGAGGAAGGCGAAAAGGGUCUGCAGCGUUGGUUGGAGAGUGGGAAUGUGGUGUAUAAGAGUGUUGGUCUUGGGUUGAUGGAUCUGGUGACUGGGGGGGAUCUGGUGGAUUUCGCGAGGGCGAGAGGGAUUGGUACUGUUAUUGAUGAUUUUGAGUAG